GAACAGUGUUCGUUUCCUCUCCCCCCUCUGGCCUCCCCGUCUCCCUGCUCCCUGUCACUCCGUCCUUCCUCCCUCCCGGACUGCACCGGCCUGGACCCCCGUACCCAUCAGCCCCUUUGACUCUCCUCUCUUCACCGUCCCGUCUCAGCCUCCGCAGACUCGUCUAUCAGGGAGAAGAGCGGGAACUUCACUUCUCCUCAACACGACCAUUAACAGAAGGAAAAGACUCAGGUAGUAGAGAUCAGACCUAGUUCUCUCCGGUGAUCUGCGGGUUGUGACAGCGCUCGGUCACAUGACCUGGAAGAGAAAAGCCAGGAGACGAUUCGGACCCCCUAUGCAUGGGUCGUUUAUUAACCCGGACAGAAGUGUAAAGGCUGAUGCUCUGACCUGUACGGUGGAACACACUCACGUUCUGUCUCUCCUCGACCCCGAGAGCUGCGACCCUGCACUAUUCUGGUGACCGGUUGACCGCCGCUCCAUCUCUCUCGUCCUGUUUCUGGGGUUUUCCUGUCACAUGACCACACACCCGCUCUUCUCCUCCAAUCCCAGCAUGGAAUCCAGUAAGGUGCAGUCCGAGGGCGGCCUGAACGUCACCCUCACCAUCCGCCUCCUCAUGCACGGCAAGGAAGUUGGAAGCAUCAUUGGUAAGAAAGGAGAAACAGUGAAGAAGAUGCGAGAGGAGAGUGCUGCUCGUAUCAACAUCUCGGAGGGGAACUGUCCCGAGAGGAUCGUCACCAUCACCGGACCAACAGACGCCAUCUUCAAGGCCUUCGCCAUGAUCGCUUACAAAUUUGAGGAGGAUAUAAUCAACUCCAUGAGCAACAGUCCAGCCACCAGCAAACCCCCCGUCACCCUGAGACUGGUCGUCCCCGCCAGUCAGUGUGGCUCUCUGAUCGGUAAAGGAGGAUCCAAGAUCAAAGAGCUGAGAGAGUCCACAGGAGCUCAGGUCCAGGUCGCCGGGGACAUGCUGCCCAACUCCACCGAGCGCGCCGUGACAAUCUCAGGCACCCCGGACGCCAUCAUCCAGUGUGUCAAACAGAUAUGUGUGGUCAUGCUGGAGUCCCCACCGAAAGGUGCGACCAUCCCCUACCGCCCAAAGCCUGCCUCCACCCCCGUCAUUUUUUCAGGUGGCCAGGCGUACACGAUUCAGGGACAGUACGCCAUUCCUCAUCCAGAUAGCUCUUCCGCCCUUCCACCCCCUCAGCAGUUGACCAAGCUCCACCAGUUGGCUAUGCAGCAAACCCCCUUUACCCCCCUCGGACAGACCACCCCCGCUUUCCCCGGUCUGGAUGCCAGUCCCCCGGCCAGUACUCAUGAACUCACCAUUCCCAACGAUCUAAUAGGCUGCAUCAUCGGGCGCCAGGGAACCAAAAUCAACGAGAUCCGUCAGAUGUCUGGAGCGCAGAUCAAAAUCGCUAACGCCAUGGAGGGAUCGUCGGAGCGCCAGAUCACCAUCACAGGAACCCCCGCCAACAUCAGCCUCGCCCAGUACCUCAUCAACGCCAGGCUGACGUCUGAAGUCACCGGAAUGGGCGCUCUCUAAUUUCUACCCACCAUCCUUCACUGCAUCACAUGACCCCUGCCUGAGCCAAUGGCGUUGCACCUCGUUUCUUUUCUCUUCUCCUCCGCACUCGGUUCUUCUGUAAUAUAAACGAGGGAACCCCCCCCCCCCCCCCCUUUAAUAUUCAGCACCUCCGGUUCAGUGUCGCCCCUCCUGACCCCCCCGGUUCCUCUCGACCUUUUGGUUUUAUAGAAACACUUUAGUCCUCUGGUCCAGGUCUCUGCUCACGCUCACCGGGAUCGUUUCUUCUGUAUCUACAGCUCAAUCAGCACGUGUGUGUGUGUGUGUGUGUGUGUGUGUGUGUGAGCUCAGUACUAUAAGCUCACACAACAGCUAUCAGUGAUUGAAUACCCCGAGGACGCUGAGACCCUCUUAUGCAAUUUUACACAAUCCGAAACGAGCAUCUUAUAAAAACACGAUCAGCAUCGGCGCAUUCACGUAGUAAAUCAAACACCGGGGUCUCUACAAAUAUAGUUUAAAU